CAUCUUUAAUCAUAUCAAAUCAUUAAUUUGAUACUGCUAUGCAAAAAAACUGAAUCAUUUUUCCUAUGAAACCACACCCACAAAAAAGGAUGUCGAACUACUUUCAGUAACAGUAGACAGAACAUCGUCUUGCAGUGCAGUCUGUGUCGCAGUCCUACAGGUCUCCUUUACACACAGCACAGUUCUUUCUGCUGGACGCCCACUGGAUUGAUUUUAUUGUUUCCUUUGUUUCACUGCCAAAAGCUUUACAAGAUGUCGACCACCCAGGACUACGAUUAUGAUUCCGAACUUCUAACAAAUGUAACAGUACCACCAGCAGCAGCACCAACAGUAAACAUAACACUAUAUCAACAGUAUCUACAGUAUAAACAUCAAGUCAGGUUGAUGUACCUUGCAGCAUACUGCAUCGUUGUGAUCAUGGGCGUGACUCUCAACUUCACCAUCAUGCUCAUUUGCUGCAGGAAAUACGAGAGUUUCCAAAAGGUUGUCAUUUGGAUUUUGGCCUUGGCUGUAACACACCUGCUCUCUUGUGUGUCUGUUGUGUUUCAAUUCCUCUACGCUUAUAAUGACUUUGAAUGGAAAUAUGGAGCUGUCAGUUGCAAGCUGUCAUCCUACAUCAUCUAUAGCAGUAUGUUUUCCACAGCGACCAUGUUGAGCCUUUGGAGCGUUAGCUCUGCUAUUUCUAAAAGCCCAUGCACAAGGUGGUGCAAGAACCUUAACAUGAUUCUGAUUUCAUUCUCCUGGACUUUUGCAGCUGUCUUGGCAAUGCCGUCCCUGUUUUCCAGAGAGAUUCAGAAUUUUCAGUGUAUUGACGACUUUGACCUUAAUCAUGAUUCCAAACCAACUGCAGAGAGCAUUAAAAAGCUAAAGGCUGUCGUCAUCUCACGAUUUCUGUUUGGGCUUCUUAUCCCAGCUUUUGUAAUGUUCGUCAGUUGUUUGUGUCAGGUAUCCAAGUCAUAUCACCACUGUGAUCACUGUAAGAAGCAGACACAGAUCAUCUGUGCGGUUAAGGUUGCCUACUUUGUGUCCUGGAGCCCGCAAAUCUUCCUAACCCUGAUUCAAGGUACUUCGGGCAGUCUGUCCCCUGGUGUGCUUGAAUAUGGACUUCCAGCAUCAACGGCACUCGCUACAACCCAUUGCUUCACCUGUCCGCUCAUCUACAUUUUAGUUGGGUGUAGCAAUAAAAUGCAAUGGUUUCAGCACGACCCGGAUCACACUGAAAUUAGAACAGAGACUGAUUCCAUGCCUUUACAGAGGAAUAACCAUGCAUGAAAACGGGUCAGGGGUGAAAAAGGUGAGAAGGGUGUUCGAGGGGCGACGUGGCCUCUGAGGCCAUGAGGUGGGGGGACUCCCACAGAACAAAAAAUACGGCCUCAUUAGGGGACAUGCUGUAACUUAACUUGUUUAUUCUUCAGGCAUGUGAUUGGCCAAGGACAAAAAAAGAAGGAAGGAACCCAACAUCCUCCGCAGAAACAAAAUGCACACCAUAACAUAAGCAAAAAAUACAUUAUGACCAUUAUUUCAAUUAUUUAUUUCUGACGGACAAUUUAGAUUGUAAAUUGUAAACAUUUGACUAGUAACAGAAACCAUGUUUAAUUAAAUGGGUUGAUAAAUGUGGAAAGCUGUAACAAGUAGCAUUCCCUUACUAUUUUACAUCUGCAAUAAUUUUAUUUUGCCAUAAUCUGACCAUCAGUCGCAAGGCCAUACAAUUUUAAGUUGGCCUUGGAAUAGGGUGGACCUGAAGGCCUACAUGUCAUUUAAAAUUACUUCAUUUUACAAUAUAGCACUGGUUAAAUGAAUUACAUUAUUGUUUUUGAGUCAUGGGUUGAGUAAUUUUCAGAUCAGCAAAAAAGUGAUGUGGGAAAACAAAAUAAAAACAAAUCAAGAAAUGACAAGCAUAUAAAAUAGAAAAGAACUAUGUAACAAAUAAAGUAACUCAAACAUAAGCAUUUCUUAUAAGAGGAACUGUCCCUUUAACACCGAUGGAGAAGCGCUGAUCUAUACACUGACAUAUGAUCAACUGCUCACUUUAAUAAAUGACAGUUUUAAUAAGAAUACUUGCAGAGACUGUGGUAUUACAAGAUUAUUUGUGCGUAUAUCUCCUGUCAAGCCCAAAGAAAAAAUGUGUUUACGUGAUUUUUUAAAACGCACGUUUCAGGGCGUGGGCUCUUGAGUUUGUGCCCGUAUGCGCACCGAAAACAGUUCACUUUAGCAUCUUUGUCCCUCAAAUAGUCUAAAAUCGCUUAAAUGUUACUGUAAACGAUAAACUUUCUUAUUAACAAUAUUAGUAGCUAGCAGUAUGUUCUUAUUAACAGCAUUUCACGCAAUAUUUUGCAGUUUUACCCUAUUUACAUUUACGUAUUUACAGCAGUAGGCUAGUAAUGGUAGACCAAUGUGACUUACAAGCGAGGAGUAUGCCCAUCAUUCGUUCCAAUCCAUUCCAAUUAAAAAAUAUUUCAGGUCACUUUGCAGUGUCAGUCUGUGUAGGCCUAAAUAUGUUGUUUUAAUUGAUUUUACAGCGUUUUGUGUCUUACACUUGACUUUUCAUCCCGAAGGCAGUCGUUCUACGCAUCUUCUUCAACAAGCAUGUGAAGCAUAUGACGAAAAACACAGAAAGACGGAUGACAUCACAGUAGCGCGAGAGCCGUUCAAAAGCAGACUUCCUUAUGACUUCUCAAUUCACUCUCGUGGUACUUUGAUGUCACCUGCCUGUCCGUUUUUGCAGCGCGGCAUGAACUCAAACAAAUCUAAUGUCUGGGAUACAUAUUGGAUGACGGCGAAUGGCGCGUCAACAAACAACGCGCGCAUACUCCCCAACCCCCAAAAAUGUUUUAUCGAAUCUACACGAUUCACGUGGAUCACCUGGGGAUUUUCAGGCCUGAUUAGGCUAAAUGCUUUGUACAUACAGUAUAUGUCAAUUUUGGCAUAGAAGCAUCAAGAUAGAAGUGUCAUUUGAUGUUUUGUACAUAAAGUCAUAUAAAUCAUGUGUUUGUAUUACAUGUAGAUGUUUAAAACUGUAAGCCUACAGUGUUUUUAUUUGGAAAACUUUUACUUAACUAAAUUCUAAAGCUUUUUACUUUCAUUCAUAUUGAAUUUCAUUUAAAGGUGCAGUGUGCAAUUUUUAGAAGGAUCUCUUGACAGAAAUGCAAAUUAAUAUACAAAACUAUAUUAUCAGAGGUGUAUAAAGACCUUUCAUAAUGAACCGUUAUGUUUUUAUUACCUUAGAAUGAGACUUUUUAUCUACAUACACUGAGGGUCCCUUACAUGGAAGUCACCAUUUUGUGCCACCAUGUUUCUACAGAAGCCCUUAACGGACAAACUUUUUUACUAAGUACUCCGGUGGCAGCUACUGUAGAUUUUCUACGGCUGCUUCCGAAAACUCUAAAUUGCUGCCUUCUGCGGUAGCUUUCCAAGGCAUCAAGGCAUGUCCAAAUUUAAUGUUAGGUUUACUUCCUGUCUCUUGAGGUACCUAUGCGUGGGUGUACAAUAAGAAUGUGAUUGGUCGAGCCUGGUCGAGUUCGGAAAAAAAAGGCGGCCAAGGAAGCGACUGGAGCACAAAUUUAGUGUAAAUAAAGGAUUUUCACUUUUUACACCUUUUAAUUGCAUUUCUAGCAAGAAAUUAAUAUUGUAGUUUUCAAAUAUGUGAUUAGUUAUCACAAAGGUGCUCUCUGUUUAUAUUUCAAACACGCUGCCUUUGAAGUGUGUCCGAAAGUCCGAAUGCCUCCAUUUCCUAAUGAGGUAGCGAGGCAACGAGUCACUGCCUUGAGUUUUCGGACGCAGCCUGUGUGUUUCAAAAGCGAGGGCUGAGCAGUGGACUAAGCCAUUUGUUGCAAUUCGCAACCUCACCACUAGAUGCAGCUAAAAUUUACACACUGCACCUUUAAUGUACUGGAGUAAAAAGUAUGAUGUUAUGUCCAAAGUAGCAUGCUUUGUAAUGUAGUGAAUCUUUUUUAGUAAAAAAAACACUCUGAAUAGAUCGGGAAUACUUCAGUACUGUCCACCGCUGACUCUUAUAGAUGAUGAAGUAAUAUAACCUGUACAAUGGAGCUUUUUUGGUGUCAUAAUCAUUUAUUUUUAUAUGUUUGUAAAUGUAAACAAGCACUGUAAUGUCUAUAACAAGAUUUUUAUUUGUCCCAUACACAGUUUUAGCAUGUACAACCUAUAGCGAAAUGUCGAUUUGGUAUACAUUACAACAUUACUAAACAAUAUUACAUUACUAACUAAAACCCGUAUUAGACAAACAGUAUCCAGAGUUUUGUUAAUAUAUUUUCUUUGGUAUUUUCUAUAUCGAUAUGGUCUGAUAUCACCCUCCUUUGCAACAUAAGCUCUGGCAGACAUGUCAAAUACGUUUUUUGCAUACAUUUCUCUUUGUGUGGAAAAUAUACUGUACUUGUAGGUCUGUGUAUGUUGUUGUGCUCAAUGUCCUAUUGUAUUUCUUAUUCAUAUGUAUAUAUGUAUACAGACAUGUGCAUUUAUUAUAAAAUAUAAUAGUCAAUUAUAGUAAAAAUAAUAAAAACA